UUAAUCUAAGGUUACUGCCCCAUUAAUUUUUCAUCAGGUAGCCAUAGUGCAUUAGUUAAUACUUAUAACUUAUCUGUUUGCUUUCUUUACGUAAGAUUCACAUGUCAACUAUAAUCUUUUUCUUAUUUUAACUGUUCUCAGUAUCCUUGGCCCUUGAGCCUUCGUCCCUGCAUUAAUACUUGAACUACCCACAAAUUUGCCCUCCUAGUCGGGCCUUUUCCCUAUAAAUAAACCCUUCAUUUCGAUGACAACAACAAACACAAAAAUGGAAGAAAAAAGAGGAGAAGAAAAUCAUUCAAGUAAUUCUGCAACAUUUCGUUCCAAGGUGGAAAAAAUGCAGGGUAUCAUACAUGAGUACUCGGCAGGUGGUUGGGACAAAUGCUGGGAACAACGAGUGACGCCAUGGGAUUUGGGUCAGCCAACGCCUGUAGUGCUAGAAAUUCUUGAGAAGAAAACCCUUCCCAAAGGCAGAGUUCUAAUCCCUGGAUGUGGGGCUGGACACGACGUGAUUGCAAUUGCAAACCCUGAACGCUAUGUUGUAGGCCUGGAUUUAUCAGAAAAUGCCUUGAAGAGAGCAAGAGAGAAAUCUUCGUCAUCACCAAAUGCAAAAUAUUUUGAGUUUAUAGAGGCGGACUUCUUCACUUGGCAUCCAACUGAGAAAUUUGAUCUCAUAUUUGAUUACACGUUUUUCUGUGCGUUUGAACCUCGCAUGAGAGCAUCUUGGGGAAAACGAAUGCAUGAGCUGUUGAAACCAGAUGGGGAGCUCAUAACUCUAAUGUGGCCUACUGAUGAUCGUGAUGGAGGUCCACCUUAUAAAGUUUCUGUGGCCGAUUAUGACGAGGUUUUGCAUCCCUGGGGAUUCAAGGCGACUUCUAUAACAGAUAACGAGCUAGCUCAUGUAGGACUACGAAGGGGUUGCGAGAAGCUUGGGAGAUGGAAGAGAUAUCUUUAAAAAGUUCUCAAUUAUGAAUAAUCAAAGAGAAGAAAGAAAGCUAGUACUCGUAUCUAUAGUAAUAUUUCAUCUAUCUUGGCUCAUAAACACAGGCAGAGAUGUGACAAUCACAAUGACAUCCUCUGAUGAUACAAUUGGUGUAUAUGUGUGGAACACAAGCGUGUCAGAGAUUGUGUGAGAGAGCUAGUGUAACUUGAGUGUUGGAAUUGGUCAGUUUCAAUUAUGUUAUCUGUAACGCCUCUUUUCUCCUCAUCUCUAUUCUGUCUUACUGCCUAUGUAGGGCUCUUUUUAUGUAAUCCUUUGUUAUCAAGAUAUAAUAGAAUAAAAUCUUUUACUAUUUCUCAUCAAA